CGAGAUUGUCCAAGGCGACGCCCAAAGGCAACCACCUCUGCCCACCAUGACGCGGCACUCCAAGAACUGCACCGCCAGCUCUGUGUACUCGUACCAUGAGAAGAAGAAGGACGCCAAGGCCUCGGGGUACGGGUCCCUGCGGCUGCGGUACGGCAAGGACGGCGUGAAGGACUUUGACUGCUGCAGCCUGUCCCUCCACCCAUGCCGCAACCCUGUCAUAACGCCUGAGGGCCAUCUCUUUGACAAGGAGGCCAUCUUGGAGUACAUCAUCACCAAAAAAAAUGAGAUUGCCCGCAAGAUGAAGGAAUACAGCCGUCAGUGUAAGAAGGAGCAGACUGAGUUGGAGGAGCUGGGCGAGGCUGAGAACCGUUCCCGCGUGGAGAAGUUCCUCAAGACUGAGUCAGCCGUUGCCUCUGCCUCCCAGGCCGCGCAGGGGGCAGGCUCUAGUUCCAGCAGCCCCGCCAUCACCAUCAGCACCACCGCCAAGUCAGGUCCUGCCCCCCCGGCCGGCUCCUCAGUGUCCAACAUGGUGGCCGGGAGGGAGAAGAAGUUACCAAGCUUUUGGAUUCCGUCUCUCACACCGGGGAACAAGGAGGCCAAGAUUGCUAAGCCUGACAAGACCAUCAAGUGCCCCAUCAGCGGCCAGCCUCUGCGCGCCAAGGACCUCAUCCCUGUCAAGUUCACCCUGGCACUGGACGAGGAGGGCGAGGGGGGCAGCAAGGUGCCGUCGCUGGAGGGGGCACACCAGCGCUACAAGUGUCCUGUAACCGGCGACAUGCUGCGGAACAAUGUGGCGUGCUAUGUGCUGCGCCAGACAGGUGACGUGGUCACCCAGCGCUGCGUGGACACCAUCAUCCGCAAGGACAUGACUCACCCACUCACAGGACAGUCACUCACAGAGAAGGACCUCAUUGUGCUGCAGAGGGGCGGGACAGGCUUCGCCACCACCAAUGAGCAGCUGUACAGUGAGAAGGCCCGGCCAGUGCUCCAGGCCUGAGGGGCAGGUGUGUCUGUAGUGCGUCAGGGGUAGUGUUUGGGCUAAUCAUUUCAUCCAUCCAUCACAUAGUUCAUCCUGUGAUUGUCACAUGACCGAACCCAAUGUCAGCUUGUUAUUGUUCUCACAUUCAUUCAUGUUACUCAUGUUAAUUUCACUCAUCUCUGUGCAGUCUUGCAUAAACUAAGUUAGGGAAAAAAAGGGUCUUCAUAUUUUACUCACUGUUUCAAUGGCAGACCAGUGUAUUUUCUGCCAUCAAGGACACACUAAUGUCAAAGGUCCACUUGAGAGUUGUCCAAGACAUUAGAAAAAAUUAUAUGGAAUUUUUGUCAUCCAAGAAGCUGAGUAGUAUUCUAAUGUGUGUAGUUUACAAAUAAUUUAAAUAUUUAAUUCAGUAAUCCCAACCUUCUUCUCCAUUGACCCUUUGUAGCUUUAGCAAAGAAACCUGUGAAUUAAUUAAUUGGCAUGGUGUAGGGCAGGGUUGGGUAGUUUUGAAGAUAUAAUUGGUGCAUGUUCUCGUGUGCUCUCUCUUUGCCACCAGAAAUAUUGUCACUAAUAAAAAAAUAAAUCAUCACAAGGACAUGGCACAAGUGGUCAUCAUCACAGGGUAAGGAAAAACAAGACGUUAAACAUUUUCUUGUGUAUUCAUCUUUCCUCACCGUCCCACCACCAACAUACGGCACAAUCAAGGGGGCCAACAAGCCGCCUGAAAGGCGACUUGUUGCCAGGGAAAUAAAGGGGAAUAUACCCCACUGUGCAAACGGGCAGGACACAGCCACACGUGGCACACACAAACAAGCCUCUAAGAGAAGACAAACAGCGGAGAGGGAAUAAUGUGCAUCCUCGUGACAGUGAUUCAGGCAACUUUAUUUUUCCCAUUCACAGACUUGUCUGCUGAACACAACAGUUAUUUCCUUACAAUCAGUGGCUGUAAACUUUCUCUUGGCGAUUCAGUGGAGUUAACAGAGCCACAGAAUAGUAGAGUUUGACCACCCUCAUCACAGGCGCCAUGCUGUUAUCCAAAGAGCAGCGCGAAGUUCAGUGAUGACGAUACAAUAGUGUUUUCUUUGUGUUUUGGGUACUUUUUCAAGAUUUUUUUACCAUACCCAGAGCACAGAAAACAUUGUAUCCGCAUUGGUUUGAAUUUCACAUGGCUCUUUUGGUAACAUGGUGCCAGUGAUGAAACCAAACUCUAUUCCAUGACUCCGCUUAACAAUAUUCCUCCACUCCCUGCAAGUUGACAAAGUUUCCACACAAGUAACUGGUUCCGAGUCCAACCCAAUUCAAGUUUUAAAAGUUGUGUUGCCAGCUGAUCAUUGCAAGAAAACAAUGUAUAAACUUAUCAAUCAGUGCAUUUACAGAUUCAGAUCAACAUUUAAUUUAUAUAUAAACUCUUAACAAUAAAUAUAUCGGAUCAUUAUACUCUCCCAAUGUGUGAAUAACAACCUCACAACCUUAACUUAGCAUGACUUAACUAUCUCCUCCUCUUCUUCCCUUCCUUUCCCCCUCUUGCUGCUUCUCAUCUACUGGAACAAACAGGCAAGUCUCUACAAAGUUUGCAAAUCAUCUAUUCUAACUAAACCCAACUUGGCACCAACAACUUGACAGAUCUAUUUAAAGCUUAUGCAGUGUAUAAAUUUGACUCCAACAGUCAGAGAACAGGAACAACCUGAUAUGGUGAAAUAAUAUCAAAAUGUUUACCAUGACAAAUGUGUAAAUCACUCAUUUCCUAAAAAAAAUUGUGAAUAUCGUGUGUGUGUGUGUGUGUGUGUGUGUGUGUGUGUGUGUGUGUGUGUGUGUGUGUGUGUGUGUGUGUGUGUGUGUGUGUGUGUA